CCUAAAAGGCUGGCGUAGCCGCUCUUACGCUUCUCUCUGGUACUAAUAUCUGUAUAAUUGUAAGGAGAAUAUAAAACAGAUGUGAACACAAUACGUCGAAAAGGGAAAAAAUACGCUUACUCGAAUGGCGUCGGACGAGCAUAAACGUUUGGCUGAUAUCGUGAAAGGAACUCAUGCCUUGUUACGCGCCGAGUAUCAUCAAUAUGGCGCUGAGAUCGCGUGGGACCGCCAUUUGGCGCGAAACGACGUACUACAGAAAUAUGCUACAUCCAUGCAAAAAUUAGCCACUAAGUGCUGGAUGGAUAGUAAUUCCAAUUUGAGGAAUGGAACGUACUGUAGAAUGGAAUGGAUAAAAACUCAGUGCAAAGAAUAUUUUUUCAACAGUGGUAGAGAGAAAUAUAACAAAAGAGAGCAGGACAUAAACGCUAAAAUGACUCUAUUUUCAACGAGAUCGAGCGAUGAAAGUGUAACGUCCAAAGACAACUCGAGUUGUACAGAAAAUGGAUUACAAAAUUAUUAUGAACGAAAAAUAUCGCUUUUGGAUGUAGGAAGUUGUUACAAUCCUCUAAGUGUUGACAAUGCGUUUGAUGUCACUGCGAUAGAUUUAAUUCCUACAGUAGAAGGAGUCUAUCGAUGUGAUUUUUUGAACGUUGCGAUCGGAAGGAAAAAAAAUCUCUCGCAAGACACGUGGGAAAUUCGUCAAUUGCCUGCGAAUUUUUUCGAUUCUGUGGUGUUUUCUCUAUUAUUGGAAUACUUGCCAUGUCCAAAACAGAGAUAUGUCUGCUGCAGAAAUGCAUAUGAUGUGUUGAAGAGCAGUGGCAUACUAAUUAUUGUGAGUCCGGACUCGAAACAUGUUGGUGCAAACGCGAGACUGAUGAAAUCCUGGAGGUACACCCUGAGCAGAAUGGGAUUCAUGAGAAUCAAGUACGAGAAAUUGCGUCACAUUCACUGUUUGGUAUUCAGGAAGUGCAUAUACAAAGAUGUAGCAAUACAGUGGUCCAAGUUGCAACAUUUUUCUGAGGUUGACAAAAAAUAUGUGUCUGAGACGAAGAUUUUUAUUCCGCAGGAUUUUCAGGCCUCCCAUUUAAAAAAAAAACAAGAAAAAUUGGUCGAGUAUGAAGAAACUGAUUUAGCAAGCGCUUUCUCUGAAUUACCGUUUAACGACGAAGUGCCAACAUGACACUUUAUUAUUUAUUUUGUUGGCAAUUUAGUGUUUUUAUGUUGACGUUAAAUAAAACAUUUUAUGCCAAACA